UUUUAGCAGGGUGCUGACUGUUACUGACUUCAGGAACUCCGUCCCCAUCAUGUUCAAUUCAUGCCACUAAGAGAUGAAGAACCUGCCAAAGAUCACAAAGAUGACGAGCACAUUUUGUUUCCUCUUCUUCACAUGUCUGGUCACGUGUUGGGCACAGAGACAAGAUACCAAAGAAUGGUUUGGAGAUGUGGUGUUCUUGGUGGACGACACCGACAGUAUGGGGAGAAGCGAUUUUAGCAGAGUGAAGAAUUUUCUACAAAAUGUGGUAAAACAAUUUGAUGUUGGAAUGGAGAAAUACCGAAUCGGUGUCUCACAGUUCAGCAGUAAAGCCAAGACAAUGAUCUUCCUCAACUCUUCUAAGACUGUCGAGACCUUAACCAACCAGAUUGAUAAAGAAAUCACUUACAAAGGCGGGGAGGCCAAAACAAGUUUGGCUCUCAAGAAUGCCUUUGAUGUUCAUUUCAACAAGUCCUCGGGAAGCAGGAGGAAAGAAGGAAUCCCUCAGCUUCUCGUUGUCAUUUCGUCGGAGAACUCUACCGAUGAGCUGCAGAAAACAGUCAGAGCCGUGAAAGAUUAUGGUGUCAAAAUAGUUUCGGUUGGACUUAAAAAUGCUGACACCAUGAAAAACGCUGACACGCAUCACUUCUUCAGCUAUUCUUUCAAUGACUUAAGGGCGUCAUUCAGAAACGUUUCCAGUUUAAUAAAAGAUGAAGUUAACAGUCAAUUUAGGACCAAACAGCAACCAAGAGUGUGUGAGGCCAUAACCAUGGCGGACAUCUUGUUACUUGUCAGCAGCCCAGCCAACAUUAAGCAACUUAAUUUCAAACAUCUGAAGGCCUUCCUGUACAAUGUUGUCGGUGCUUUCAAUAACGUUAAUGCUACCAUCAGGAUUGGCAUGGUGACCUUCAACGACACACAGAAAGUGGAGUUUUCCCUUCGAGAUCACAAAGACAUAAGUCAUAUCCAGGACUACAUAAAGAACAUAGCGCACUAUGAGGGAACACCAGACGUAAACACUGGAGCAGCCCUGCGAUUUGUGAAAGAUCAGUUUGCAAAGAGUCAUAAUGGACAGACAGGAGUCCAGCAAGUGGCCAUUGUGAUCACCGACAGGGUCUCCAAAGACAGCGUGACCGAGGCUGCGUCUGAUCUCCAUAAAGACGGCGUGGCGGUGUUUGCAGUGGGAAUCAAGGAAGCCAACGAGGCCCACCUGAAUGAAAUUGUUUCAGACACAGAAGAACAUCAGGUAUUUGUGGACACUUUUGUGCAGCUGUCGGCGAUUGAAGAUAAACUGCUGACAACGAUCUGCAAUGACAUCCGCAGCAAAGUCUAUCAAAGCCCAGAAAUAACAAACAUCCUGAAAAAAGGCUGCAUCGAAACAGAAGAAGCGGACAUUUUUUUUGUGGUUGACGGCUCAUUCAGCAUCGACAAGAGUCAUUUUACCGAAAUUAAGGACUUCCUUGUCGAAGUAGUGCAAAUGUUUGAAAUAGGGCAGAGUAAAGUUCGGGUCGGACUGGUCCAAUAUGCAGGGGAUCCAUCAGUUGAGUUUAAUAUCAAUGUUCAUAAGACGAAAAACGAUGUGCAGAAGGCCAUCCAGAACAUUCGGCAGAAAACACACACAAGUAAUGCUGGGAAAGCUUUAAAUUACACCUUGGAGCUCAUCGCAAAAGCAAAGAACAUACGCAACGUGCCAACAUACCUGCUGACACUGACAGAUGGAAGGUCGAAGGACGACGUAACCCAAGUAGCAAUGGCUUUAAGAAGCAGCAGGGUCAAAACCUUUGCUAUUAGUGUGAAAGGUGCGAAUGAGACUCAGCUGCAGGAAAUUGCAGGAUCGAAAGAGAAAGUUUUUUACCUUGACCAAUCCACCCAAUUUAAGGAAAUCAAAAAUAAAAUUUUCCAUGAAAUUUGCACGACGACAGAUUGCACUUUGAUGAGAAAAGCUGAUGUUUAUUUUUUGGCUGACAACUCUGGAAGAAUUAGCAAAGAUAGCUUUCAGUUGAUGCAUAGCUUUCUUCAUGACGCCGUACAAGCGUUUCCACUGGGAGCUAAUCAAGUUCAGGUUACAAUUGUGACGUACACCGAGAAUCCUGUCCUGUUAAGAAGGAGUUCUGAGAAGGAUGAUGUGCUGAAGCACAUUCAGGGAAUGAGACAGCAUUUUGGAACAACCAACACUGGAAAAGCAUUAAGUUACACCCUUCAACUGGUUGAUAAAGCAAAACAAGUCCGGAACGUUCCCACAUUCGUGCUGACCCUAACAGAUGGAAAAUCCAUGGAUGAUGUAGACGUGUCGUCUAAGGCCCUAAGAAGUAAAAAUGUCAAAACCUUUGCUAUUGGAGUGAGUGGCGCCAAUGACACUGAACUUCAGGUGAUCGCAGGCUCCGAUGACACGAGGUUCCACGUCCGCGACUUUAGCAAACUGAAGGAUAUUAAAAACGACGUUGUCCAACAAAUUUGUCUGCCCGAGGUUUGCAAGAAGGCUGAAGCUGAUAUCAUGUUCUUGCUUGAUGGCUCCGGAAGCAUCGAAUCGGAGGAUUUCCAAAAAAUGCUCAAUUUUGUGGAAAGACUCAUGAAGAAGAUAAGCGUUAAGAAUGGCCACACAAGGUUUGGGGCCGUGCAGUACAGUGACGUCCAAAGAGAAGAGUUUCAGUUAUCCAAAGAUGUGAACGGCCACGUCACGAGUCUGAAGAACAUGCACCAGCUCGGCGGGGGAACCCUGAUUGGCAACGCACUGACUUUUAUAGACCCAUAUUUUCAAAAAUCAAAAAAGGAACGACCCUACGUCGACAGGUUCCUGGUCGUAAUCACUGAUGGGGAGUCUCAAGAUGAAGUCACUGCUCCGGCGUUGGCUUUGCGGAAUAAUAACAUUCAGAUCUCCUCCAUUGGCAUUGGGCAGGUUAAUUUUAAUCAGCUGGUGAACAUAAGCGGCUCUCAACACCGAACAUUUUACAUCCACAAUUUUGAUGGCUUAAGUAAGACCUUUGAAAGCAUUCUUUCAACUCUUUGCACAAGUCAAGGGGAAUGUUCAAGGCUUGGCAUGGCCGACGUCAUGUUUUUAGUUGACUCCUCGGGGAGCAUCGGGGAUGCCAAUUAUCUUUUGAUGAAGAAUUUUAUGAUUUCCUUAGUUAAUCACUCAGAUAUUGGCAGAGAUAAGGUGCAGAUUGGAGCCAUGAUAUAUAGUGCUGAACCUGAGAAAGGCUUCUUAUUGAACGACCAUCUGAGUAAGAGUUCUGUCACUACUGCGAUCCUCAGUCUGAGAUACAUGGCAGAUACCACAUACACAGCCAAAGCCCUCAACUUCUCCAAAGAUUUUCUGGAAGAGUCAUUUGGGGGCCGCAGAAAUCAAAAUGUCAAACAACUUCUCAUUACCAUCACUGACGGCGAGUCCCACGACAGAGAAAAACUGGAGGACACAGCCAAGUACAUCAGAGACCAAGGAAUUGACACAUACGCGGUUGGAAUAAAGGAGGCAAAGAUAGAAGAACUUCGGAUCAUCGGAGGCAAAGCCGAAAACUGGUUUUAUGUAGACAAUUUCGAUAAGCUGGAAGACCUGCAACAAAAAUUUUCUGAAAUAGUAUGCAGUAACACUCCAACAACUUGCAAAACUGAAGUUGACAUUGUGUUUCUUCUUGAUGGCUCAGGAAGCAUUGUGGAAACUGAUUUUAAAAGAAUGCAAACUUUCACUAAGGACAUCUUGGAAAAUUUCCUCUCGGAAAGUAAUCAGGUUGGUGUGGCACAGUUUAGCAGCUUUUAUUCAGAGGAGUUCCCACUAACAUUUCUGAAAAGCAGAGCAGCCUUCGCUAAGAUCGAUUCAAUACAUAAGCAUGGCGGUGGCACCGAAAUAGGCAAAGCUCUUCGUUCCAUCAAACCUCUAUUCACCAACGAGAAGGGCAGUCGGAAGAAUAAAGGAGUUCAGCAGAUUCUGAUCGUCAUCACAGAUGGAGAUUCCCAAGAUUCGGUGGAGGAACCGGCGAGAGAUUUGAGAAAUGACAACAUUUUCGUGUACGCCAUAGGAAUAGGAGCCGUUAAACAAAAGCAGCUGGACCUCAUAUCCAGCACACCUGAAACAACGUACAGAGUGCAGAAUUUUAUGGAGCUGUCGAAUAUCAAGAAACGGGUAACCCGUGACAUUUGUGACCAGCCAGCCAAACCAUCAAAUUGCACUUUGGAUAUCGUGGUUGGCUUUGACCUUACACGCAAUGUACAACAAUCUUCCCUGUUUGCCAACCAGGAUAAUCUGAAGGCUCUUCUACCUGAGAUUUUAAGAACUAUCUCCUCCAUUAAAAAUCUCAGUUGCAUUCCAGGAUCUCAGCCAAGAAUCAGUUUUGGAUUUCAGGUUCCAGAUGCGCAGCAGGAAUAUGAAUUUUCAUUCAAACUUUAUACAGAAGACAUGUUUCCAGAAUUAGAGAAAAUGAUAAUCAGAGGAGGAGCCAAAUUAAACGUACAGUUCUUAAACACGUUAUGGGACAGGUUUGACGAACAAGCAGAGACCGUGUCCAAGGUGCUCCUGAUUUUCACAGAUGGAUUGGAUGAUGAAGUUGAAGCCCUUGAAGAUAAAAUCGAGCAGCUCAAGAACAAAGGACUCAGUGCUCUUGUUACUGUUGCUCUGGAAGGAGCUCCAAGGAUCGACGAUAUUCAUCACCUUGAUUUUGGAGGAAGAUUUCCAUAUGUGCCUCAAUUAACCAUCGACAAUCCUUCGAUAAGCAUCUUAUUGAACCGAAUACUCGACAGCGUCGCCGAAAGGGCCUGUUGCUGUGCUUUCUGCAAAUGUAUGGGCACCAGAGGACCCAUCGGCCCAUACGGACAAGUUGGAGAAAAGGGGCACACAGGACGUUUGGGAAAUCAAGGCCACCCCGGUGAAGAAGGAUCUCCGGGAGGAAGGGGUCCGCCUGGUGUGACUGGACUUGCAGGGUCACAAGGAUGUAAUGGAAGAAUUGGACAGAAGGGAUCCCGAGGCAUCUCAGGUGAAAAGGGAGAAAAUGGCGAAGAUGGCUUGCACGGUAUUUCAGGAGAGGAGGGAGACCAAGGGCAUUCUGGGCAAAAAGGAGAAAUCGGCCACACUGGAAAAACGGGAAGUCCUGGAUCAAGAGGAACACCAGGAACUCGAGGAGAACCCGGCCUACGUGGGGAUCCAGGUGAUCCUGGAUCUCAUAACGAUGUUACUGGACCAAAAGGGGAGCAAGGCAAACGUGGUCUGCAGGGUGAGUCUGGUAUCGAUGGGAAGCCUGGCCCGAAUGGAGCACCGGGACAGCAGGGGUCGGAUGGUCGCAGAGGUCAGCUUGGAAUUAAGGGUAAUAGUGGAGAUGUUGGCUUGCAAGGUCCAAAAGGAGAGCAAGGAAUGAGAGGCACCCAGGGUCCUAAAGGCGACCAGGGGGAACCAGGACCACUUGGAGAGCCAGGACUCAAAGGACCCCAGAGUUCACGCGGGCCUGAAGGACCAAAUGGCAGUCGAGGUAAUGCGGGACAACGAGGACUGAAAGGUGAACCUGGCAUUCCCGGUCUCAAAGGUGCACCUGGGACAGCUGGACGCCGAGGAGUUCAGGGUGAAGAUGGCUCUGAUGGAUAUGGAGAGAAAGGCAUAAAGGGAAAAAAAGGAGACCCCGGGUUUCCAGGGCUGCUGGGGCUGCAGGGAAGUGAUGGUGAACCAGGUGAUCCAGGAGAUAACGGGCCGAAGGGGAAUCGAGGAAAGAGGGGCUUGGGUGGCGCACCUGGUGAAAGCGGAGCUCCUGGAGAGCCAGGGUACCGGGGACAUAAGGGUGUGAAAGGACAACGUGGAGGACUACCAAGAUCUGAAUGUGAGACGAUCCGCUUCAUCCGUGAGCAGUGCUCUUGUUACCAAGUGCGUGUUGCCUUCCUUCCUUCCUUCCUCCCGACUCGGACUCGCCUGGAUGAGAUUGGACAGCUUCCUGUUAGGUCUCUCUCUGAAUCGGAUCGUAUUAACAAAUUGCUUUAUCGUUUCUUUUACCUAGGAGAAGAUCGCUGCCCAGCGUACCCUACAGAACUGGUGGUGGCCUUUGAUAUGUCGGACGGAGUCUCUCAAAAGUCAUUCAACACAAUGCAGAAGAUCACGCAGUCACUUUUAGAAAAUGUAGCCAUCAGUGAAAGCAACUGUCCAACCGGGGCGCGUGUGUCUGUUGUGUCGUACGACUCCUCGGCGAGACACUUGAUUCAUUUUUCCGAUUUUCAUAGUAAAAAGCUGCUUCUACAACAAAUUGGUAAUAUCACCCUGGAAACAUCCAGCAAUAAACGGAACAUUGGGGAAGCCAUGAGGUUCGUUGGUAGAAACACCUUCAAGCGCGUUCGGAAAGGACUGACGGUGAAAAAGGUGGCGUUAUUUUUUGCGGAGAGUUCAUCCCUUGAUUCGGUUUCCACAAGCACAGCUGCUCUGGAACUGAGCGCUAUGGACGUAUACACCUCGGUCCUCGCUUUUACAGACCUGCCGAAGCUCCGAAAGAAUUUUGCGAUCGACCCCUCGAGGUUUCAGGUUCUCAUAAUCCCCCAGCGUGAAAGUGACAUAAAGGCGAGAUUAAACGUCUUCAAAGACUGCCUGCUGUGUUAUGAUCCAUGCAGCCCAAAUCCCGCCUGUAGUGACAGGAACACAAAGAGCUCCAUUGAUCUCGACAUGGACAUCGCCUUUCUUGUGGACAGCUCAAGAGUGAUGAGAAGCGAAGACUAUGAACGGUCGAGGCUUUUCCUGCACAGUCUACUCGAUGAGAUUGAUGUGUCAGCCCAGCCCAGGGUGCCAAGCAAAGGGGCACGGGUGGCGCUGUACCAGCACACUGCACCAGGCUUCACUCCCAGUAGCGCCUCACAAGUUCCAGUCCAUGAAGAAUUCAACUUUUUCUCGUACACCGACAAGAACAGGAUGAAGGCGCACAUCAUGGAGUCCAUGCGACACGUCCAAAGCUCUUCUGCAGUCGGAUACGCCCUUGAACACAUCGUCAACAAUGUCUUCUCGAAGUUAUCAAAAGUCAGGACUACCAAAAUUCUGUUUGUCCUCUUGGGUGGAGAGACCAGUCCUUGGGACUUCCAGAAACUGGAGGACAUUUCAAGGCAAGCCAAGUGCAAAGGCUUCACAAUUUUCACCUUGGCCUUUGGGGAGCACAUCAAUGACACGCAGGCAGAGCUGCUCACCAGCAUCCCGGCGGCCCACCACUUGUGUCACGCGGGUCGAAUUGUUGAGCCGGACAUGAGCUAUGCCGUGAGGUUUGCUCGAGCCUUCUUCGGCCUCUUUCCCAAAAAAAUUAACACGUACCCCACAAAGGUCUUUGAGAAGAAGCACUGUGGAAAAGAACAGCAAGACGACUGGUCCCAGGUCUCGUCACUGGAAAGAAUGUCGUCUUCUGAAGAUCAGCAUGUCCAGUUACCAAAGAUGGACCCUCCAGGUGUACUGAAUGACCAAGCACAAGAAUCAAAGGAGCAGCCGGCAGCAGAGCAACCGAACGUCGAGCAGACGACUGAAAGGGAAGAUCAGAAGGGCAAAGCGGCCACGAUAAAUCCCUGUUUGUUGCCAAAAGAAGCUGGAACUCCCUGCAAAGGACAACUUAAAAUCCAGUGGUAUUUCCAUAAAAGCUCUCAGACGUGCAUCCCUUUCUGGUACAGAGGCUGUGGUGGCAACGGAAAUCGAUUUGAGGUCAAACCCCGGUGCCUCGAGGUGUGCGCCGUCUUAGGUCAGCUCUCCUUUAAGAGUACAGCGGCCUGAUAAGAAGCAUUUGGAUUUACGGGACCAAGCCCGUGUGGCCCACUGCCUGCCUGGAUUUGAUGCCACUGUCACCCUCAUGUUGCCAGCUGCUCUCUGUUUGCCCACUGUGGGCUUUCUAAGGACGCGGUGUGGACGAUGACCUUUAGUUCCAUGGACACAGACGGUGGGUAACGUCCAGUGGGCUCCGUCUGAUUCCUUUUUUUUUUUUUUGGACUAUAAUGAGCACCAUACCAAACGUCCCCUCUCAUACAGUCACUUUAUAUUUAGAAUUACAAAUAAAUACCGUGGACUGGCAUCAAGUGGACAUCUGUGUGCCUUUCAUGCUAAUUUAAACCAAAAUGUUUCCUCGGCUGUUACUCGGGUUUUUGAAGCGAAGAAUAUUCCACGUUUGUAUGCACCAGAAAGGUUCUAUCCAUGGUGUUUUCUAAAGGAUUUGUGUUUUUUUAUCUGUCUUUAAUUAAAACAAAGAAAUACAUUGAAUUAAAA